UUAAUAUAUGUCGGCGCAGGUCUCUGGGCAGGACGUAAAUAAUUUUUAUUCAAUUUUUCUUAUUAUUAAUUUGCUACAUAAAUUUAUUUGCCAUCCCAGUAAAUAAACGCGAUUUGUGAAAAAAUAGAAAGCAAAUGAAAACAAUCAACGUUUUAUAAAAUUUAUUUGAAAAAAUGAAGGCUUUCUAAUAAAAAUAAAUUAAUCAAAGAAAUAAAAGACAAGUUGAAACGGCAAGAAAAGAAAAAAAACUGAAGUUUCUAUUUUUUUCCUUAAAAUUUCGUUUUUAAUUUUUGGUGUCGCGGGGAGAAAAAAAAAGAGAAGCCAUCUAGAAAAAAGGCGCGUUAUUUAUUUUAAUUCUAAUAAAUCCUUGUAAAAAGACUAGAAGACGAUAAAGAGAAAUUGCCAUUAAGAAAAAUAUAAAAUAAAAUCUGGAGAUUUUUUAUGUUGGUGUAAAAGUUAUCAGAAGAAAUUAAGUAAACCACGAGUUGUCGUUUGUAAGAGAUAGAUGGUCAUAUGAAAUAAAUUGAAACGAUACAAAAUGGCAUUAAAAUUUUAAAUCAAGUAAAACAAAAAAAAAAAAAAAGGAUUUAAGAAUUACUAGACCUCAAGACCUCAAACAGAAUCUCCUAUUAAAGGUAAAAUAAAAUGAAAGAAAUAUAUUUCUACUUGGCAAAAAGGCUACAUGAAACCAAAGCUCCCAAAAUUAAAAUGAAUACUUUACAAUAAUGCAACCAAUUAGAUUGGUAUUUUAGUAAAGAUAAGAAAGAAAUUCAAAAUUUUUAAACACAAAAAGAAAUAUAAUUUAUUAAAAAAAAAAUAAAUAGCUGAGACUCGGGCAAUUUUAUAAACACACCUAGAAGUACGGCUAAAAAAUAAAUAAAAUUAAAUUAUUACAAACAUUUUACUAUAAGAAAAAAAACAAAAAUAAUUUUCAAUCAAACCUUUAUGGGAAAAAGAUUUUUAAGUUGGGAAAAAAUCGCAACCUAUAAAAAAACACAAAAAUAUAUAUUAUGUUUGCUAGCAAUAUGAAAAUUUUAACACUAAACACAAACAAUAGCUCGCCUAAUGCUCAAGGUGGCGGAGGAGCACAGGCCACGCUUAAAGAAUUAAAUAAUAAUACAAAUGAGGGAAAUGUUAGUGGAAGUGGCAGUAUGGGUGGUAAUAAUAGUGGAGGUAGCGCAGGUUCACAACAUAAAACUAACAAAAGAGAGCAGAAACAUAAUAGUAAAACAAAAUUCGUACAUGGUAACAAUAAUAAAAUGCAACAACAUAUAACACAGCAGCAGCAACAACAAACACAGAAAUACCAUCAUAACAGCAACAAUAAUAGUGGCGGAGGAGGUGGUAAUGGUGGUGGUGGUAAUAAAUUGAAAAAACAUUACAAUAACAACAGUAAUAACAACAAUAGCACCUCUUCUUUAAAUCGUAAAAAGUAUUAUCAACAACAACAGCAACAACAUCACCAACAACAGCAGCAACACUACCAACAGCAACAACAACAGUAUAUAACGGCCAUGCAACAAACUAUUAACUCCAAUACAACAACUACCACCACAAUUACCAACAACAACAGUAAUUUAGUUAAAAAUCAAAACUUUUCAAAUAUUGAUUUACACCUACAACAACAGCAGCAACAACAACCACAGCAGCAGCAACAACGUAAUCUCACCCACACUAGCAGCAAUUUAAUAAAUUACUCAACAAAUCCUUUGGAAACCUGCACUUGCUUGUUACAACAAACCAAUUGUGAUAAAUUAUCUUUAUCAACUUGUUCAUCUACAUCAUCUUCAUCAACAGCCUCAUCACUGCCCGCAGCAACAGGUGAUUAUCAUCGCCAAUCCCAACAGUUGCACACCAUAUGCUACGAUAAUCAUUUAAAGAACACUUUAAGUUCAACUUCAAAAUCUACUUCACAAACAGCAACUUCAACGUCGGCUUGUAUUAGUUGUUGGACAAAUUUCACUAAAUUGCCCCAGCAACAGUCCACAACUUCAACAAAUUUCAAAACAACAACAUCAAAUACUUCCACAAACUUGCAGGAGUUUGUUGCCAGCGCUGUUGCAGCUGCCGUAGCAAGUAAAUGUAAUUCAAAUCAAAGUCUAACAAGAUCUACAUCAACUUCAUCGUCUACAACUCCUUCUACAGCCACCAAUACAAUAACGUCAUCAGCGUCGUUGACAUCUUCAGCUUCUAAAAAGAAAACAUUUUGGAAAAAUUCAAAUACUAGUAGUGGAGGUGGUGGUCCUGGAGGUACCGGUAUAAGUUGUGGCAGUUUAUCAUCGUCUGGCUAUUCAACGGGGAGUAGCACUACACAAUCACCAAAGUUAUCCAAAGAAAAGACUCAUGUAUCGGAUAAAAAUCUAUUAACCAAUACCAACAGUAAUAGACAAUCUUCUGGUAAAAUAAGCAGCAACAAUAGUAACGCAAAUAUACAAAAAUAUUCCACAGCAGUAGCUGCUAACAACAACAAUAAUACCACUCAACAAAAACAACUUUCAAAACAUCAGGUACAAACUGUAGAAAAGCUAGCAAUGACCACUUCCCUAACUGGAACAAAUGGCUCAUCAUCAACUACUAAAUCUACAGUUUCAAAUAAAAGUAAUACCUCAUUAAACUCAUCCAAAACUUCAACAGCAUCUCCAAAACAACAGCCGCAGGAUAAUUUAGAAAAACUUAAUGAAUCGAAGCAAAUGUUAAAAUCACUUACUACGAAUAGUAGUGGCAGCGGUAGUAAUAGCGAUACAAAUAAAAUAACUACAUUGGAAAGUGCAACUAGUUUAGGAACAGCAUCGACUUCCUCGUCGUCAACAACAACUUCGGUGCCAUCAUCACCAAAUUCUUAUACUUUAGAUUUUUUACAUUCGGUUGGUGUGAAGAUGACAGGUGUGGCCUUACGUUCAUCAGCUGGUGUACAAGGAUCAACAAAUGCCUAUGGCAAUCAGUCAUCCACUAAUUCUCCCGUCCAUAGCAGUUAUCCCUAUGCGAGUAUGACAACAACAAAUCAACGACAACCACGUUAUAUGUACGGCGGCACAAAUAACAACAGUGGUGGUAGUGGCAACCAACAACAACAUUAUCAUCAUCAUCAGCCCUCCCAAUUGACGAUUGCUUCGUUUUUACAAAAAGAUUUACUAGGAGGAGACAAUGUACUGUCAAAUGCGAAUAACAGUAGUAGUAGUAGUACUAGUACUGGUGGUAAUAGUGGAGGAGGGACUUCCUCUAAUUUAAGAAAUGCUAAUAAUUAUACUGAUCAACAGCAUUAUACACAACAGCCGCCAACACAUGCCCGCUAUCAUCAUAACUAUUAUCCUACACCAUAUCAGCAGCAAACGUCAAGUUUACAACAUACAAGUUAUGGAGGUGGUGGAGGAUAUGCAGGUGAAUUAGCUAGAUUAGUAACAAAUGGUGGUGGUCAGAGAAAUGCCGGAUAUGCUUAUACAAAUUAUCAUAAUGUAGCCACCACUGAAAGUGGUAGUGGAGUGGUUAAAAAUAAUUCUUUACCUCAACAGCAAUCACGACAGAAUUCUUUACAGAAUAACAUGGGAAACUAUACGAAUUCACUAAAUACCGUACAAACGAAUAAAAAAUCAUCAUAUGCUUCUAGCACUACAUCAACAUGUUCGUCUUCGUCUGUCAAAUCGAUUUCAUCGAAUUCUUCAAAUACUUCCAGUCGUCAGGUAGCGGCUUCAACAGCUCAGGAAACCAGCAAUAGUUCGUCAAAUUUAAAUUUAGCUAUUGAGACUUUACCCUCAAAAACAUUGGGUGUUGGCAAUCAACGUGGCAAUCAUCGCGGGCAUCAUCACAAUCAUCAUGGCCAUCAUCAUCACAAUCACCAUGGCCAUCAUCACCAUCAACAUUCUAUGAUGAAUUCACCCAACAUGUUGCAACAUCAAAACUAUUACAACUUGACUUAUGUGAGCACAGAUGGAUCUGUCAGUGGUACCACUUCUAGGGGCUGUAGUCCAGCGCCACAAUCUCUGCCGCCCACACCCUUGUCAACAACAAAUACUCACAGUCCCAAACCUCUGGACAAUAGUCCCGGACCUGUUGCCAUGUUAAUGAAUUUCAAUGCCAGUCAUUUACAGUACCCACGCUAUGCCAAUGCUCAACAACAGAUGGCUGUACAACAGCAGCAACAAUUUCAUCAGUUUCAGCAGCAGCAACAACAGCAACAAAACUUUUUAAAUAAAAAGUUGCUGGCACCCUUAACGUUGACUAUGCCUUCGCCAUCGCCUUCCCCCACACCGUCCACAAACACGGCCAGCACUUCUAUAAACACUCAACAAGCACCGCCUCCGCCUCAUAAUAUAAUAUGCUGUUCCCAAUUGGAUGAAGCAACCACGGCAGCCGCAGCAGCUGCGGCCACGUCUUCAUCGACUUCAGGAAUCAUUGCUGGCAAUGAUUAUGAUUCAGAUACCUCCUCCACACAUUCUUCUGCACAACAUAAAUAUCACUCCCUGAAAUCCAUAAAGUCGUCUAUGUCCUCAUCAUCUUCGUCAUCGUCUGCCUCUGCUACUUCAAUGCCUCUGCAGCAACAGCAGAAUUGUAGUCAGCCUUCGACACCAGCCACCUGUGGGCCAACUACUCCUCUACACAGUCCUUUGGAUUAUAAUUAUAGCGGCGCCACAGCUCACGCCUUUCCCAAUCUACAAGUGACUCAACAGAUAGCCCAACAACACACUUAUAAAUCGAGCAAUGAAACUUCCCAGUUGCCGCAAAUUUAUGGUAACAAUGGCAGCGGUGUCAUAUCACUUCUAAAUAUACCAACAAAGUCUCCCAGCAGCUAUACAGAAGAUGAUUACCAACAGCAUCAGCAGUUGGCACAUCAACAGUUUUAUUUCAAUGCCGCAGCUGCUGGCCAAACUUCAGCCGAUCACUUAAAUAUUGCUUCAGCUUUAACAGCUGUUGCCAGUCGUUCUAACACCAGCAGUGGUUACUGGAGUCCUUCGCACCACAACAAUCAAUUCUUAUACCAACAGACGUCUUCGUCCCAAGUGGCAUUGAUGCCUGCAACAGCGUCAUCCUCAUCAUCAUGUGGUUCUUCGUCAGCUUCGAUUUCACCUCGUUUGCCAAACGAUGACUUGCAACAACCGCAAACACAGACACAAUUACAUCAUAACUGUUGCAUAACCAGCGCCAGUUCGUCGCCCUCUCCUUGCACUUCCUGCUUAAAUGAACAGUUUAGUAACAUAAUCAUUGGCAACAGUUCUAACGUUGAUUCAACAAUGUUGAUGACCGGCUCAAAUUCUUCAUCCGUUAGUGGAACAAGUGGCAUAAGUGUUAAUUCUACAAAUGGAGGACACAACUAUAAAAGGGGCUCGUCGCAGUUAUUGACACAACAACAGCGUUUGAUAGCACAACAAACAUAUCAAUCCUCUUCAUCUUCGACCUCCUCAUUGUCCAGUUCAUCAGCAUCUACAUUAACCAGUGCUGUACGAGCUCGUGGUGGUGGAGGAGGAGGUGGAAUUAAUACUAAUAACAACAACGGCCGUAACAAUCAAGUGCCACUGCCACAAAAUUCACUUACUUCAACGGUUGGUGGCGGUAUAACCGCUGGUGGACCCCAACAGCUGCCACCACCUCCACCCACACAACAUUUCUAUUCGCAUCAACAGCAACAACAACAGCCAUUACCACCUCCACUGCCACCACACAAUCUACUAUAUAAUAAUCCUCAAACUCAUCAUAUGCGUGCCUUAAGUAGUUCAUCGAUUAGUUCAUCAGUGCAUGACUUCUUUACACACACCCCGCCCGAUCGUUUUUUGGCGCGGGCUCAUCUUGUCGAAGCCAAAGAAGCACCAGCCACAUUACUAAAUAAUUCCAAAUGGGAUAAUCUUUCACAGGGUAUUUGGAAAAAGUUUAUCAACUCUCAACAAACUGAGGAAACUUUUAAGCAAAAAAUGCGUUUGUGGCGUUAUUUGUAUCUGUUUAUUAAGAAUGCUUAUCCUCGUUAUGGCCUUUAUUUGGUUGGCUCCACUAUUUCCGGCUUUGGCUCAGAUUCAUCUGAUGUUGAUAUGUGUUUAGUUUCUCGCAGUGCUUCCAGUAUUGAUCCUCGUAUGGAGGCUCUAUUUAAUUUAACUGUAUUACGUGAUUGCCUUAGUAAAUCUGGUGAAUUUGAAAAUUUCAAUUUAAUUGAAGCAAAAGUACCAAUUUUACGUUUUCGUGAUCGCAUACAUCAGUUGGAAGUUGAUCUCAAUUUUAAUAAUUGUGUUGGUAUUAAAAAUACUCAUCUUUUAUAUUGUUACUCACAACUUGAUUGGCGUUUACGUCCCUUGGUUUUAGUUACAAAAUUAUGGGCUCAAUAUCAUAAUAUAAACAAUGCUAAAAAUAUGACAAUAUCUAGUUAUUCCUUAGUAUUAAUGGUUAUACAUUUCUUACAAUAUGCUGUGAAUCCACCAGUAUUACCUUGUUUACAUGAAAUAUUUCCUGAUAAAUUUCCACUGUUACGUUCAAAUGAUUUCGGUUAUGUGGACAUGAAUGAGACUAUAGGACCCUAUGAGAGCAAAAACACUCAAACUAUAGGAGAAUUAUUUUUAUAUUUUCUAGAAUACUAUAGCUGUUUCGACUAUUCACAAUUUGCUAUUUCUGUGCGCACGGGAGGACUUUUGCCAAUAAAUUUGUGUCGCACAGCAAAAUCUAUUAAAAAUGAUAUACAUCAAUGGAAAGAAUUAUGUAUUGAGGAACCCUUCGAUUUAACAAAUACAGCACGUUCUGUAUACGAUUUUGAAACAUUUGAACGCGUUAAGGCAGUAUUUGUGGCAUCAUGGCGUAUACUACAGGAAACAUUAGAUUUAAAUUCGGUAUUUUCACCAAUUAUCAUACCAUCUCCCUGCUCAUCAUCAGCAACAAGUGUUGUAGGUCAUACAAAUGCUAACACAACAAACACUACUACCACAACAUUUAGUGAAAUUGAGUCGGAUAAUGUAACCGAUUCCAAAACAAAUCUAGAGCAGUAUGUAAAUACAAAUUCAAUAAUAAAUAAUUUUGUACCUACGACACCUAAUAGUGCUGCUACUGCUGCUGCCGAAAACUAUGAAGAAAAUAAUAAUUCAUCUAUGGAAGAGGAUGAGAAUGAGCAAGGUGUGAUAGAUAUCAUUGAUGAUGACAACGAGGAGGUUGACAAUAGUCUAAGUGCCACUAAUAGCAUAACUUUUACUCAAAAAUUGUCAAAACGUAAGGAUUUAAAUCGUACUUUAACACCGCGUCAAAAUAAGAUUUAUAAUGAAAAAGACUUUCCCGCCACACUGUCACAUAAACAAAAGCCACCAAUGUCUCCUGCGUCUUCGUCUACAUCUUCAUUGACUUGUAUUAAAACUAGUACAAAAAAUGUUAAUAGAAAUACUAAUAACAAAACUGCCACUCCCAUAAAAUCCUGAGUAAGGCAUGUAAAAUGUUUUGUGGUCCCAAUAUUUCCUUAACAAUAUAUAAUAAUUCCCUCAUGUACAACUGUAACAAUCACAACAGCAGCAUAAACACCAUUAAUAUGACUAUAAAGAGUCAUCAACAUUUAAU